AUGGUAUCUCUUCCAAAAUAUUUGAAGCAGUCAGAUAGGGAGCUUGAGAACAAGUUUAGGUUUAUACAACACCAGGAAGAUGCCCGCAUUCGUGAUGCAACGAUGGAUCCCUCAAAUUCCAAGUGGACAUUUGGAGUCAGCAUCGAUGACUCCAAUAGAUACAGAAACAGAUAUGUGAACAUUAUGCCAUACGAGAAGAACAGGGUGAAGCUGAAUGUUUAUAAUGGCAACGAUUAUAUGAACGCAUCAUAUGUGAAAGUGAAUGUGUCAGGUCAAACAAUGAAACCUGGUUUUUACAUUGCCACACAAGGUCCAACAGAAAGAACUUGGGACCAAUUCUGGCAGAUGUGCUAUCAGAAUUACAGCGAGAAUGAUAGUAACGACAGUGUUGUUAUUGUUAUGGUGACCCCGCUUGUUGAGUACAAUAGGGAGAAAUGUUACCAGUAUUGGCCAAGAGGUGGUUCGUCGGACUCGAUUAGAAUCGCUGAGAAAGUGCAAGACCCCGGUGAGGAUGAUGUGAGUGAGUUUGAACAUGCCUUAAAGAUUGAGUAUGCCAAUAGCAGGAGAUAUGACGAUUGUUAUACCUUAACUACGAUGCGACUGGUUCCGGUGGAUGAGUCUGGCGAGGAACUAGGGCCUGCGAAGACAGUGCAUCAUUUUUACUUUGACCAGUGGAGAGAUAUGAGCAAGCCUGAGGAGGUGAUUCCUAUCAUGAAGUUAUGCCAGCACUCGCAUAGCUUGAACAAGGCCGGGAACCCCAUAAUUGUGCAUUGCUCCGCCGGCGUCGGUAGAAGCGGCACGUUCAUUGCGCUGGAUCAUAUGUUGCACGAUACCGAGGACUUCAAGAUUGACGCGGAGCAGAAGAUGAGCUCUGGAGGCCAGAUGGUCGGGUCUCCUUUGCAUCCCGACAAAGGGUACGAUCACGACUUGAUUGAGCAAAUUGUGUUGCAGUUGCGUGCUCAGCGAUUGAAGAUGGUGCAGAUGUCUGACCAGUACAAGUUUAUAUACCAUGCGGCCAAGUACAUGUACCAGCACCCGCCGCACUGA